UUAAGGUGUGAAGAGAAACCUAAUCCGGACAAAAUAAUAGCAAAACUCAGAGCAAUAAAAACCGGAGAUACUCAAAAGAUUUGCAAUGAAGUAGAAUUAUUGACAGCAAAGUUAAAAUUAAUGUACCUAGAACAAGGAAUCCCAGAAAAAGUUGCAAAUGACAUGAUUGUGAAAAAGGGAAUAGAUAUACUAAAGGAAAAGAUUCAUAAUGCGGAAACAAAAACGAUUCUAAAAGCAGGAACAUUUACGACCAUAGCAGACGCUACACAAAAAGUAAUGGAAAACGAGGAUGAUGAUACUAACAAACACAUUUUCAAUGUUAGAACACCUUACAAACCAUACACCAGGAAUAACACUUACAAUAACAACACAAAUUACAGUUAUAACAAAUACAAACAAAACAAUGUAUAUCACCAGAACCGAGUUACUAACAACUUCAACGAUAGAAACAGGUACAAUUCAGAUAAUAUGCCACAACAAAAAUUUAGAGCCAACCCACAAAAUACUAAAAAUCAAAGCUGGCGAACAAAUAAUAAUCGCCGUAUUUAUCAAACGUCAGUACAAGCACAGGGAAACCAUUUCUUAGAUCAACACAAGUUUUGGUUGAAUUUGAAUUUACAAAAUGAAUCAAUUAAUACGUAUAAUGCUAACGCAUCAAAAUGUGAAGAUAAAGAAGAAACAACGAACAUUCUUCAUAUAAGAAAGCAUGAAAUGUGUGAAUCAAGAUUUAACUUUGAAGAAACGAGCCAAGAAAACAGACAAAUGUUGAUGACCACAUCAAACAAAUAUUUUAAUAACGGCAUCAGAACAAACGAAUUAUAUAAUGACUAUUAUAAAGAAUAUCAGCCUGAAAGCAACUAUGAUAAAAAUGAUGAUAGCACUAGAGAAGAGAACCUCAGUAAAACAAUACAACAAGUGGAAGCAAGUUAUGAAUACGACUUGUACAGUGCCAGUACACAAUUUAUACAUGAAAAUAUUAGUGAGAAUCAUGACGUCGAUAAAGAGAUAAAAGGAAUUAAAAAAGUAUAUAAUGAUGAGCUGUAUAAUGAACAAUUUGAAAGAGACAUAAAAGUUACACAUGACACAGAAAGUUACAUUGAUGUACACUACAAAGCAAUCAAAGAACAAAAAGAUGCAAUUAAUACAAAUCAAAGCGCCAAUAUGAAGAAGAAAAAUGAAUCACUCAAAAAAGGAAUAUAUGAUGAGAAAGAAAAUGAUAAACAUUGCCCAAAAAGAGAGGCUAGAUACAUUAAAAAUGAAGUAUUGAAUACAAAUUAUUCCACUGUAUGUGAAGAAUUGCGCAAAGCAUCGAUAAUGAGCAAAGUUAAAGAAGAGUAUAAACAGAUUCUUCAAACAAAAUUGCAUGUAUUGAUUUCUAAAAUGAAACAAAGAAACGAAGAAAAGCAUGAUGAAAAACUCACAUCUAGUUGUGAAUGCAACAAAUUCUCAAAAAUCAAGUUCAAACCUCAUAUAUUAGAUUACAAGUUUCCAAAUUUUAAAUCUCUACUUAACAAAUCAAUGCACAUAAAAUAUUAUCCUCCAUAAGAAUUUUUAUAACAUAGCAAUAGAUUGAAACGUAACAGAAUAAGAUAUAAAAGAAAGAAAAAAAAAACAAUAGAAUAAUAUUACUUUUUCGCUCAUUACAAUUUCACUCAAUCAUAACAUUAUUCUUCUAAAGGUAGGAGGUGUAGCAUAUCUGCUAAACAGCUACUUUAAAAUAUAUUGGUACUCAAAUUUCAAAUCCGUUUUUUUCAAAAUAUAAAGAAUAAUAUUACUCUUUCGUAAAACUGAACUCAAUCAUAAUAUUAUUCUCCUAAACGGGGAAGGUGUAGCAUAUCUGCUAAACAUUAAAAAUCUAACAUAUGGGAAAUCUCAAAUAGCACAUUAAAAUUCAAAGUAUUGAAUCGGUUAGUAAAAUCGCGUUGGUCCUUUCCUAUUUUCUCCUAUUCUCAUUCUGACACUUAACAUAAAACACAUGGCUAGGGGUUUUUACGUCCUUUCUAAACACAUCUAUUUUGUCCCUUUCAAGUACCUGAAAAAUGACAUAAUCGAAGACCAUUCAUUACGUUGC